UUCAGAUCACUGAACUCGAAAAAACGGAAGCAGGCCAACUGAAAGAACCUGUAUGGGUAUGGCAUUUUCUGACUUCUUCAAAACAAUCUAAGACCUUCAAGUACAUAGUGGACUGCAGAAACAGAGAAAAUACCUCAUUAUCAGGAGCUAAAAUGGCAUCAAUGGCGACCCAUUUCUCCGCCGCCUUGUUUCUUCUUCCAGUUGGGCUGCGCCGCCUCUUCUUCUCUUCUUCUCUCUACCUCAAGAACCCUUCUUUGUUCAGAUCCAAAACGUGGUACCUCUCUGAUCCCAAAUGGAAGAAUCUCGAUUUAUAUGUCCUCACUGUAGCCUUCCCAAUUGCUUCUUUCUCUGAAAUCUUCCUUUUCUUGACUUUUACCGGUCACCCCACUUACCGUUUCUCAUUCAUGCAUCAAUCCCUGGUUCUUUUCCUUUACUGGGCGUUGGCCAUUUUAUUUCUUUUGCGAGAUAACAUCGACCCAUUAACCCUUAAUGAUAACUUUUUGUUUGUAUUAACGGGGAUUGUGUUUUUCAUAGAGUACACAGUUAUUGGAAACGGGAUUUCUGGUCAUAUUAGUGAGGUUUUUUACGGUUUGUGUGGUAAUUUGACCGUUAUUUGUUGCUGCUGCUGCUUGUAUUUGGCUAUUAGGCCUCGUGCUUUUUUCAUGGAGUUUUGUUUUUGUUGUGGAUUGGUGUUAAGGGGAACUUGGUUUUUUCAAGCUGCUUUGUGCUUGUACACUGACGUUUUUGCCUUCAAGGGGUGCCAUAAAAUAAUGGUUUCGCCGGAAAGUGAAAAUGCUGAGUUGAAGUGUGAUCUUGAAGAUGAUGGAUUGAGGGGUGUGGCAUUGGUUAAUUUGUUAUUUAUUGGGCAUGCAAUUGGGGUGUUGCUUGUGAGCUUUGGGGUGUUUGGAGUGUUGUCAAGACAUAGGAAUUCAAGGCAUGGUGAGGCAAGUGGUCCAUUGCUGGCGGAGCUCCAAUCAGACAGCACUGUGACGCUCACACUUCCUGAGUUUGAGCUGGAAUAGAGUGGGUAUUGGUAACAGUGGAACUCCUCUGACAGGUAAACAUCCUACUUUUAAGGUUUAUCAUGGAGCUUUUCUUUUCUCCAACAUAUUAUUACAGUAUUCACACUUACCCAUGUUGUAUUCUAUUUCAUGUUUGAGCAGUAGUUGAUAGUAACUGUGAACUUCUAAAUUUGUGAAAAUCAUCAACAUGACUAGAUAAUAUUUAAUGUGAUGUGUCUGAUGGCUCCUGAAAUUACUUUGCUAUCAUUUGCACAAUUUAAGUAGACUUGGAACAUACAGUUUUGCACUUACUAUGAGAAAAGGUUUGUGGUAACAGUCACGGAAAACAUUGAAGUCCAUAAGUGGCAGCAUAUUGCAUGUCCUAACUGCAAAUGAACUAUUAAAUGUAGAAUAUGAAUUAAUCUAGUUUAGUAUAUCUCAUUGGAGAAGGAAACUUUGAGGUUGUCAACCAUCGUCUCUGAAAACGUCCAAAUCCAUGGAUUUUAAUUCGAGAACGAAUUCGCUUCAUCUUUUUGGUGAAUUCACCACAUCUUUGUUUAAGCAUUGCAGAUUUUGGGAACUUUACCAGUUUCCUAACAUAUUUACACCCUGCAUUUUCUGGAAGGAAAACAAAGUAUGAAUAAACGGAAAUGUAGAACAGAACAUAUUUCCAUUUUUCUUGUUUUAAUUAUCACUCCGCUGGAAAUGUUAUGCUGACAAUAUUGAUGCACAAACAAGCUAUGUAUUCUUAUAUAUCCUGUUUCAAUAAGUUCUCUAAACGUUUGGAUGAUGGAAUGACUGGUCAGUGGAUCGGUUAUCAGUUUCUUCGUAUCCAUCAGUUUGGAAACACCAUUUGGUGCAAGAAAUAAGAGUAUCAUUUUCAUUUUCUUUAAAUUCUUUUCUAAGUUGUCCUUAACAAUGUUCAAAAGCCAAAAGCAUACCUUUAACCUUUAUAACAUCUCCAUCUUCUUCCUUAUUUUCCUUGUUCAGGACCUGCAAGUUGGAACAAGAUAAUUAGUCUUGCUGUCUUGUUACUCAUGAACUUGUUGAAGGUUCCACGAGUAAGUUUGACUAAUAUUUGUUUGCUUUUGCAAUAUUAAAUUCCUAGGUUCAGCCCAAAAGUAAUAUUUGGCUUGCAGGACAAGAAAAGAGGAAAAGGCCCUAUAGCAAGAAGGGGAAAAGCAAAUGCCUUUUGGUUUCUUGAAUCUGCUCACUAUGAACUAUUAAGCUGCUUGAGUUUUUUUAAGUUUUGCAGUUCCCUACCUCAACCAAGCGUUCCAAACACUUCUGCAUCCUUCUUUGUAUGAAUCCUCUAGUGCACUAUUCAAAAACUCUCAUCAGCCAAAAAUGUAUGCAGUCCACUUAAACACCCUGUUCUCCCCAACAAAAUAUACAUGAAAAAAAAUGUGCCUUGGUAGAAUUGUUACCUUUAUGUGAUUUUUCACAUAGGCAUAGAAGUUUAAUAGACUCCACACAGUCUUAUCUAGUUUUUUACCUUCAACAUGACGUGAUGAAAUAUC